AUGGUUAGCAAACUUAGAUUGAAGAAAUUUCCUCACCCGUGCCCCUACAAAGUCUCUUGGUUGAGCAAAGAGCAGCAAGAUUUGGUAAGUGAUCAAGUUUGGGUUGACUUUCAAAUAGUUGAAUAUAGAGACAAGAUUUUGUGUGAUGUUGUAGAGAUGGAUGCUUGCCAUUUACUCCUUGGGAGGCCAUGGCAAUAUAAUUUAGACUCAAGGCAUGAUGGGAAGAAAAAUGUCUACAAGUUGACCAAAGAUGAUGUGCAAUACACUAUGACCCCACUACCGGAUGAUGGUAAGAAAAAUCAUGUUGUGACUAGUGUCAUGUUAGUAGGUAAGGAGAAUUUUAUGCAGACAAUCAAAGAGAAGGAUACCCCAUGCUUUUCCAUAGUGGUGAAGCCAAGAGAAGAAGUGAGGAAGAAAGAAGAAGACAAGGUGCAAGAGAUGUUUGCAGGUCCUAAAGAGGUGAAAGAGUUGUUGGAAAAAUACAAGGGUAUAGUUGCAGGAAGAAAACCUGAGACCCUACCACCUUUUAGAGAUGUAAGUCGCUGCAUUGACCUCAUACCAGGCUCUUCAUUGCCCAACAAAGUAGAAUAUAAAUUGACCCCUGAUCAAAAUGAAGAACUUGCAAGGCAAGUACAUGAGUUGUUAGAGAAAGGAUUCAUAAGGACGAGUAUUAGCCCUUGUGUUGUCCCUGCAGUAUUGGCCCUAGAGAAGGAAGAAUUAGGACUACAGCUGUGUUUAACUGACACAGUACUACAAUUUGCACUGCCAAAAAAUUUGGCACUAGACAAUCUGGCAGUGAGCAGUUAUGCCAAAUUAACAGGGCAGAGUCUAAGUGAAGAGUGA